CAGCAGCAGAGGAAGGUGACUAGAGCUGCUAUUAUCAGACUGAUCUCCUGUGAGAAACACACCGAAUACAGUCAGACGCUAAAACUGCAGAAGAACAGUCAGCAUGCCUGGGGAAAAUAUAAGGAAUCGGGUUGGUCGACAGGCAGGUGUUACGCUAUCCAAUGAGGAAUUAUUGAAGGAAGAUCCAGUGCAAGAGAAUACUAAGAACAAGGAGAAAGGGGAAGGGGGCUGCCGAUGGUGGUUUCGCAAAAUCUGCCCAUGCUGCUGUCGUCAAGCCAGCAAAGAACCUGAAGCCAUCGCCCUUGAGCACAAUGCAGAGCCAGACGAUGAUGCAAAAAAGCCACCAGCGGAAACUGUCGAGACAAAUGAAAAUCUGUUAACAGUGCGCUCCAUAGACCUCAUCAAGUCCAAAAAAGGCGAAAACCGCCUGGAUCAUCACACGGAGCACUACCAUAGAGAUAACCUCAUCAUCCGUAGAGGGCAGGCGUUUCACAUGUGGAUCGAGCUCUCACGAGCUUUCAACCCCCAAACUGACAAACUACACCUCGAGCUCAAACUUGGUUCCAACCCAGUGGUGUCAAAGGGGACUCUAGUGAUCGUUCCUUUAGUGGAAGACUUCCAGAAUGAUGGCUGGGAAGCCAAGAUGGUGGAAAAGAAAGGCAGUAAAAUCAAACUCUUGGUCAACUCCCUGCCGACUGCUCCUAUCGGCCAAUACAAGCUCACUGUAGCAACGCAGACUCCCAGUGGGAACAGCACUUCAACUUCCAAUCCUGAAAAUGAUAUCUAUGUGCUGUUUAACCCCUGGUGUACAGAUGAUUCGGUGUAUAUGGAUAACGAGGAGGAGAGGAAUGAGUAUGUCCUGAAUGAUGUUGGGCGGAUGUACUAUGGCACUGAAUCUCAGAUUGGAGAAAGAACCUGGAACUUUGGACAGUUUGCUGAUGGGGUUCUGACAGCAUGUCUGUUUGUACUGGAGAAGAGCGAGACGUCUGCUUCUGGGUGGGGAAACCCUAUUAGUGUUGUCAGACUGAUAUCAGCCAUGAUCAACUCUCCUGAUGACCAAGGUGUACUGGAAGGUAACUGGUCAGGUGACUAUGCAGACGGGACGUCCCCGACAGCCUGGAGUGGCAGUGUGGACAUUCUGAAGCAGUACCACAAAAGCGGAGGCAUGCCUGUCAAAUACGGGCAGUGCUGGGUCUUCUCGGGGGUCACCACAACAGUUCUCAGGUGUUUAGGCAUCCCCACCCGCAGCGUCACAAACUUCAGCUCCGCACAUGACACUGACGUCUCCUUGACGAAUGAUGUGUAUUUGGAUGAAAACAUGGAGCCCAUUUUUGAGUUGAACACUGAUUCUAUCUGGAAUUUUCACGUGUGGAAUGAAUGCUGGAUGGCCCGGCCUGAUCUACCAGUUGGCAUGGGAGGUUGGCAGGUGGUGGAUGCCACGCCUCAAGAGACCAGUCAGGGCAGGUACUGCUGUGGGCCUACUUCUGUGUCAGCCAUACAUGAUGGACAGGUCUACCUUAAAUACGAUGCACCCUUCGUCUUUGCCGAGGUGAACAGUGAUAAGAUCUACUGGCAGAAGAACGCUGAUGGCACCUUCUCUCAGAUCUACUGCGAGAAGCACGUUGUGGGCCACUGCAUCAGCACCAAGGCAGUUGGCUCUGACAAAAGAGAGGAUAUCACACACCUCUACAAAAACCCAGAAGGUUCCGAAGAGGAGCGAAUCGCGGUGGAAACUGCCACUCGCUACGGGUCAAAGUCCAGCAUCUACCCCCCUCCGGAGGCCAUGGAUGUCACGUUAGAGGUCUCGAUGAAAGGAGAAGGGCCUCGGAUGGGAGAGGACGCAGAGCUGACCAUCAACCUGAAGAACAGCAGCUCUGGGAAGCGCAGAACCGUGCUCCACAGCCAAGUGGCAGUCAUGUACUACACCGGUGUGCAUAAGGCUAUGAUGAGAAAGGAUGAUAUCGUGGUGGAGCUCAAACCCAAUGAAGUCCAAACACUGGAAUGGACCCUUCCCUAUGACCUGUAUAAGAAUGAGCUGGUGGACCAAUCGGCCUUGAUGCUCACCCUAUCUGGACGAGUCAGUGAGACCAAGCAGGUUCUGGCCACCCAGUUUAACUUCCGCCUGCGUACACCUGACAUCAUAAUCACACCUGUAGGGGACGCUGUGGUUGGUAAACCGAUGGAAGCUAAACUCACCUUUAAAAAUCCACUACCACAAGUCCUGAGAAAGGUGAAGUUCCGCAUCGAGGGUUUGGGAUUGCAGAACAUCAGAGAGAUCUCCUAUGGUGACGUGCCCAGUCUGGCAAGCGUCACCCUAACGGAGAAGUUUGUUCCAAACUUACCUGGCCCUAGGAAGCUGCUCGCCUCUCUGGACUGUAAGCAGCUCACGCAGGUUCACGGCGUCGCCGACAUCCUGGUAAAGGAGAAGUGAAAACAUGGGGGAUUGCAAACUGACAAGCACCACACACUCUCCUACACACCUAAGAGCAAAGAUAAGAAAAUGAACUCAGGGUAAAAGCAGAAACUGUACACCGUAACGCUGCACUCAAAUGAGAGCUGAUUCUGAUAAGCAGCAGCACAAUAUCCCAAGAGUGUUCAAACAAAAAUAUAAAUCUAGGUCCGCUGUAACCCUAAGGUUGUGGAUUUAUAUGGAUUUUUCAGAAAUGAUUCCAAGAUGAACCUUUGUUAGGAAACAGGAAUCCUUAGCAAGAACCCUUGAAAAACCACUUAAAAUAAAAUACUUUUUUUUUUUUUUUUUUUACAUUUAACAGCUCACAAUCAUUACCUAUCAGAAAAUGGUUCUAUGUUUACAAUAUAGUCAUCUUUU